CCACUCCUCACUCUCACACCUCUCUCUAAAUCCUUUCUCUCUCUACAAUUCAAGAACACUUUCACUUCUCUCUCUAGAAUUCUCAUCAAGAAAAUCAAGAAUUCAAGAUCAAAAUCAAGAAUUCCCUCUUUUAAAACACUCAAGAAUCAAGAAAAUCAAAAAUUUUCAUCUACAAAAUCUCUUGUUUACUCUCAAGAAUCAAGAAAAUCAAGAAUUCAUUCGUAUACUUCUUUAGCUUGUUCAUCAAGAAAAUCAAGAAUUCUUUCUUUAUACAAACCCUAAAGCAAUCAAGAAAAUCAAGAAUCAAGAUUUGAUUACUAUUAUGGCACUUGAAGCAUUGAAUUCGCCUACAACCGCUACGCAAUUCAACUAUGAAGAUACUUGGACUAAAAGAAAACGCUCAAAGCGGCCACGUAGUGAGUCACCGGCGCCGCCUACUGAAGAAGAAUAUCUCGCUCUCUGCCUCAUCAUGCUCGCCCGCGGCGGCGCUUCCACCUCCAAACCAUCAUCUCCUCCACCACCUCCGCCGCCGACUUUGAAUCUUUCUUACAAGUGUACUGUUUGCAACAAAGCUUUCCCAUCUUAUCAAGCUCUCGGCGGACACAAAGCCAGCCAUAAAAAAUCCGCCGUGGAAACCGCCGCCACAAACGACAACAAUCCCUCAACCUCCAACGCCACCGCUACGGCCACAGUCUCCACCACCGGCGGUAGAACCCAUGAAUGUUCAAUAUGCCACAAGACUUUUCCGACUGGUCAAGCUUUGGGCGGCCAUAAGCGCCGCCACUAUGAAGGCCCGGGCGGCGGUAACAACAACAAUAAAGACAGUACUAUAACAUCAUCGGACGGUGGUGUAACUGUAACUAUAAGUGGAAGCCAGAGUCAAAGUCAAAGUCGCGGCGGAGGAUUUGAAUUUGACCUGAAUUUGCCGGCGUUACCGGAGUUCUGGUCAGGCAAGAAUGGAGUUUAUAGGGACGAAGAAGUGGAGAGUCCGUUGCCGGGAAAAAAACCAAGAUUAUCAUUACUUAAGCAAGAAGAAACUGAGAUUAAGGUUUAAUUAGUUAAUUAGUGUUUGCAGUUUAAUUAGGUUAUAAUUUUAGAGAUUCUUAUUGGGCUUUGUUAAUUUUUUUAUUUUGUAAAGACAUUUGUUCAUUGUUUAUUAUGGAAUUUUAUUUUAGUUGGAUUGAUCA